AGAUUCAGAUGAACCCCUAGCUUCACCCCUGGUUGAAAUAAUAUAUAUACCAUGUAUUAAUAUAUGGUUGUUUGUUUUCUUUCUGAAAUUUGAUUGCAGGGGUUGGCAAUAUACAUUUUUAUGAAGUUGUCAAUGAUGAGAAAUCAUAGUGAACAUCACGUGCUCUUGUUAUCAGAGGAAUUGAGAAGUAAAACAUUUGCACAGAUUGAACAUACAGCCAAUAUGUUUCUGCCCUUAAAUUACUCAGCAUCAAGCUUGGCUAGAGGUCUAACUUCAUAUCUCAAUGGAACUCAAUUACCCUUCACCACUAUCCAAACUGAGGUAGCACCGUAUUUGUUUCUGGCACUUUCAACAAUUCCAUUUGUAUCACAGAUCUCAUAUUUGGGACAAAAUAGGUUGAUGUAUUCUUUUUACACUGAACAAGGCCAUAAUGAUGACCAAACUUUUGCUGUGUUUACCAACUCUUCAUUUGCAAUGUGUUAUAGUCAGCCAGUGAAUCGCGACACUGGGAUGCUUUAUGGGCAACCAUUGGUUGUUGAUGCAAAAACAGUGGGCCUCAAAACUCUAGGCUGGUCUAAUCAAUCUUCGAAUGGAACAAUGGGGUAUGCAUCUCAGUCCUCUAUUGGUUUUGGGUUGAACAAGGCCAAGAGGGAACUAUUUUUCAAUACGGCCACAAUGGACGGAAGGGCUAAGAUCUCAGUGGGGUUUCCUGUACAAUAAGUGGAUGACAGAUUUUCUGCCUUAAAUUUGUAUGGCGCAGAUUUUUACCUGGCGAGUAAUAAUGGUCAAGUAAUUGUGGACACAAAGAUUCCUCAUACCAGCAUACAUGUCAGCAUACAUGUGUAUAAUGGUACUGUUUCUGUGCAAUUCAAGAACUUGAAUGGUACUCGCCAAGAUUUGAGUGGCAACCCAUCUUGCAAGCUUGGAAAUGGUGAAAGGGGACACUUUGAAGUGAAAAUCAAGGAGAAUAGACACAUGUUCUACUGCUCUGUCAUUGAAAUAGCUGGACUCAAAUCGGUGUACACUGUGGCGUUCAAUGCUCAAGGAAUGGGAAGUGAUGUCCAUAAACAUAACAAACAAGCAUAUUUGUUGCUUGUGCUCAUGUUUGUUAUAGUAGUAGUCUCAUUAUGUGCUUUCAUUAUCAUAAUCUUCAAAGCUGCAAGGAGAGAUAUGUUCUUGUGUGCUGCUCUGAUCAAGCAGACGGAAUUGACUAAUCAAGCAGAGAAGAAAAGUCUAAACAAGAGUCGGGCAUUCGCAUCUGUAAGUCACGACAUUCGUAAUGGUUUUGGAAAUAUAACUUGUAAGAUAGACAAUUGUCUUGAUGAUGCAUCCCCAUUCCCAGAGCUUGCAUGUAACCUGAAGCUCAUCAAUGACGAAACCAUGAACCUUUUAGACAUAUUAAAUUCUGUUCUGAACUCGAGCAAGAUGGAAGCUGGUAAAAUGCCACUCAAGUUGGAAGAGUUUGAUCUAGCAGAACUCGUCGAGAAUUUAGUUGAUUUGCAUUAUCAUAGAGCCAUAGGGAAGGGAGUAGAUUUGGUACUUGACCCUGCUGAUCACUCUCUUGCAAAGUUUCGGUUGGUGAAGGGUGACAAAGUGAAAAUUAUGCAGAUAUAAAGUAAUUUGGUUACAAAUGCUAUUAAGUUUACCUCAGAAGGCCACAUCUGUGUCAAAGCUUCUGUGAGGAGACCAAGCAAAGACAAUGCACUUGUUGUUUGCAAUCAGCAUAGUUCAUUGAAUUGCUGGACAAGAUUGUGCACCAAGCGAAAAUGUUGUUGUGAUGCUUCGAAUGGAUUUCCAUCCAUUCAAAAGAGAAUCCUAAUUGCAUGGAAUACACAUUUGAGGUGGAUGACACGGGUGUUGGGAUUCCAAAAGAUAAACAAAAAUCUGUCUUUGAGUACUUUGUUCAGGUGAAAGAAGAGUCAACUUCUGGAGAAGGUUAUGGCUUGGGACUAGGCAUUGUUCAAUCAAUGGUGCAUCUGAUGGGGGGAGAGAUCAAGAUUGUUGACAAAGACGAUGGAUAAAGAGGCACUCGCUUCCAAUUCAACAUAUUUUUGACUACUUGUGAUACAGAAUCUGUUGAAGCUGAGGAACAAGAAAACAAUGAGCAACAGCAUGGUCUUAUUCGAAGUUAUCUUUCCCAUCACUUGGGAAUGCAAUUUCGGUUGUCUCCACCAAGAUCAGAGGGAUUUCAUGUUGUCCUAUUCUUAACUGGAGAAAAAAGGAGAAAACUUUUAAGCAGAGUGAUUGACAACAUGAACAUAAAAGUUUCAGAGGUGAGGAGAACCAAUGAACUUGCUCGGUUGCUCGAUAGAAUAAAGGGAAAUUUGGACCUUUCCUCCAGUUCCCUUGAGAAAUAUGCGUUAACCACCGAUGAUACAAAUGAAGUGGCUUCAGACACCAAGGACACACAUGAUCAUGUCAUCCCUCAUUGCCAAGGUCUAAUUCUAAUGGCUCAUCAAACGUCAUACUUGUAGUUAUCGAUUCUCAGGCUGGACCUCUCUCUGAAUUGGUCCAUCUGUGGUUAGCUUCAAGAAAGAUUUACAGAAUCUUACUUGCAAGGUUGUCUUGUUGCAAGAUCAUAAUAGGUCACCGCUUCUUCCUCCUUUUGAUUAUGUUUUUCCGAAACCAUUACAUGGCAAACGUUUACAUGAAGUGCUUAGACUUCUAUCUGAGAAUCGAAACAGUGCAAUCCAACAUGAUACCUCAACUAAGUGACAACUCAAUGAGAUUGUGAUACCUGAUGGUAACAAAAAGAGUACUAGCAAGGACUUAAAAGGAAAGAAAGUUUUGGUGGUUGAUGAUGCGAGAGUACUGCGCAUGUUCACCUCUAAGCUCCUUCGAAAAGAAGGAGCAGGUGUUGAUGUUUGUGAGAAUGGAAGAGAGGCCUAUGAAAAAGUUUUCAAAUCUUUGAAUGACAUGAAGAAUGGUGUUGACAAAACCUAUGAUUUUAGAGUGAUGGAUUGCCAGAUGCCAGUUAUGCAUGGGUAUGAAGCAACAAAGCUAAUACGCGAGGUGGAGAAAAGGCAUGGUAUUCACAUUCCCAUAAUUGCAGUGACUGGCAAUGAUAUGAGUUCCCAUAUUACAGAUGCUGGAAUGGAUUUUCACUUGACUAAACCUCUAAAAAUUGUAGAUUUGUAUGCUCUCUCAUUGCCUAAUUUUGAAUAGAACUUCUAAUUCAGCCAAAUCCAUUUUAUCUGGUGGUCCUUAAAUGGAGGAGGAUGUCCUGCGACCUUUUCUCCAGUUAGAAUGAAAUGUUACAUGGACACUGAUUUUUAUGGACAAUGACUUACUAUAGUCUUUAGUACUGUGGCAUCGUUCUUGCUUUGGUGUGAAUGAUGUUGGGCAUGAGAUACCCUCCGGUAGAGUUUACUCCAGUUUCUCUCAAAGGAGUGGUCGAUGGGGAUAGUACUAUCAAAUUUAGAUUUUGAUGCUUAAUUUGUUUCAACUAUUGGAUAAUUUCAAUUGUAGUACAAAGAACAAGUUUGAUGUUUUUAACUAAGUUUGCACACACGUACGUUCUUGCA